CGCGACCGAAAUAUUGUUUAAUCAGUUUAAUUAACUUUGUCAAAGAAGACGCAUCUGAGAAAACAAAAAUAAAAAUGUCUUCUAAAACUAAUGAAAUAGAAAUAGGUAGCAAAGUGGAAAAGGCGAAGGAAACUGUUGAUUAUGAUGACCUCAUAUCAUCGGCUGGUGAAUUUGGGCGCUAUCAGUUGCUACUGUUUAUUGCCACACUUCCAUUCUACGCGUUUGGAGUCUUCGUGUACUUUUCUCAGAUGUUCAUAACAGAAGUGUCGCCCAACCACUGGUGCAAGAUUCCUGAGUUAGAAAACCUAACUGAUAUACAAAGAAGAGAUCUCGGUAUACCCAAAGAUGAGACUGCAAGAUUUGGAUACUCACAAUGCAAGAUGUACGUGGCUAAUUGGACCGAGGUGUUAGCGACGAGUCAGACUCCAGAUCCAACGUGGAGUACAGUACCGUGUCAAUAUGGAUGGGAAUUCAACAAGACUGAAAUACCAUACCCUACAAUUUCGAGUGAUUUAGAAUGGGUGUGUGAAAAGAACAGUUAUCAGGCUUCAGCUCAAUCAAUUUUCUUCUUUGGAUCAAUUAUUGGUGGAUUUAUAAUUGGAUGGGUAUCUGAUCGAUUUGGACGAGUGCCAGCCGCUGUGAUUAGUAGCCUGUUGGGUUGUAUCGGAGGAUUUGCCAGUACAUUUGCUCAAAACUUUAUUCAGUUUGCCGCUGCAAGGUUCGUCAUGGGUGCAGCUUAUGAUAACUGCAUGAUCAUGGCAUACCUGCUCGUCUUGGAAUACAUCGCUCCUAAGUACAGGACUAUGAUUGCAAAUCUGUCCUUUGCUAUAUUUUACUGUUUCUUUGUCACUGCCCUACCUUGGAUAGCACUAGCCUGCGGCCAUUGGAAGACUAUCUCUCUAGUCACUAGUUUGCCUUUAGCAUUAGCUGUAUUUUCGCCACUAAUCUUACCAGAAAGCCCCAGAUGGCUGUUAUCGAAAGGUCGUAUUGAUGAAGCCGUCAAAAAAGUACUUGUAAUAGGUCGGAUAAAUAGAAAAGAAAUACCGCCAAAACUUAUAGAACAAUUCAAACUUUCAGCAAAUAAUGCGAAAGAGGAACAAUCAGAAAGUUGUUUGGAGAUUCUGAAGAGGCCAGUCAUAAGAAAAAUGUUCCUACUAAUAUGUUUUGAGUACAUGUGCUGUACUAUUGUAUUUGACGGAUUAGUUAGGAGUAUAGGUCAAUUAGACUUUGACUUCUUCAUGUCAUUUUCUUUGGUCUCAUUUACCGAGUUCCCAUCGAUGAUCAUAGUUGCCUUUAUAAUGGACAUUUUAGGCAGGAGAUGGUUGACAAUCGGAGUCAUGUUUGUCAGCUUUAUAUUCUGUUUGCUCACUGUAUUUGCUAGUGGUAUAGAAUCAGUGGUGUUCGCAGUAGUUGCACGGUUCGCUGUGAAUAUGUCUUAUAGUGCCUGCAUGCAAUGGGCUGCUGAGAUUUUACCUACAUCUGUAAGAGGUUCAGGUGUAUCAAUAGUUCAUAUCUGUGGAUAUGUAGCAACAUGUCUUUCACCGUACAUUGUAUAUUUGAAAGUAUACAUCUACUGGCUACCAUUAGUAGUCGUAGGCUGUAUUGCUGGUAUUGGUGGCCUAAUAGCUUUGGGCUUACCAGAGACGGCAAGGAAGGAUAUGCCACAUACAUUUGAUGAUGCAGAAGACUUGGCCAAAAACCAACGGUUAUUUACGUUACCAUUUUUGGAAAUGAAAAAACAGAAGAAGGGAGAAGUGAACGAAAGUUUUGAAUCCGAAUUGUGAAUAAUGCGUUGACAGAAAAUAUUUUUUUAUGUACCUCAGCCGACAUUUAUCUAAUAAAUGUACCAUAUUAAUAUGUAUUGUUUCUUCAUACAGCACUGAUAUUGUAAAGUCAAAAACCUCUACGAUACUAUAGUAUUUCUCGUAACAUUGUUACCAAGGUGCUUCUUAUCUGAAAGUAAAUAUUUUAUACUCCUAAUCUGUCAUCAAAUAUUUAAAAAACAUUGUCUUUUGUCAUUAUCUUAUGCAUUAUGCAAUGUCAAUAUUUUAUGUAUUUAAAUUGCACGUGUGCACUUAAAUGCAUGAACCGAUGUACUAAAAAAAAUUAAAACAAUAAAUACGAACUAUGGAUAAAAAAUAAAAGAAUCACAACGAAACCAAACUUAA